AAUGCAAAAUGAAGAUAAUGUAACAGAAACGCACGCAUAGGCUCACUGCAUCUCCUCCAAAGAUCCUUUUGCAGAUUCAGAUAGAAUCAAUCAAAAAUGUCUGCAAAAUUAAUCGACGGAAAAGCCAUCGCACAAACUAUUCGAUCAGAAAUCGGCGAUGAAGUUCGUCUUCUCUCUCAAAAGUACGCUAAGGUCCCUGGACUGGCUGUAGUCAUCGUGGGCAACAGGAAGGAUUCUCAAAGCUAUGUGAAUAUGAAAAGGAAAGCAUGUGCUGAGGUGGGGAUCAAGUCUUUCGACAUAGACCUGCCUGAGCAAGUCUCUGAGCCUGAAUUAAUCGCUAAGGUUCACGAGUUAAAUGCGAACCCCGAAGUACAUGGUAUACUUGUUCAGCUUCCAUUGCCCAAAAAUAUAAAUGAAGAAAGAGUUUUAAGUGAAAUAAGCAUCGAUAAGGAUGUAGAUGGGUUCCAUCCUCUGAACAUCGGAAAACUUGCAAUGAAAGGCAGAGACCCCCUUUUUGAGCCUUGCACGCCAAAGGGCUGUCUUGAGCUUCUGUCUCGAAGUGGUAUUAGUGUAAAAGGAAAAAUGGCAGUUGUUGUAGGUCGUAGUAAUAUUGUUGGAUUGCCAGUAUCACUCCUCCUCUUGAAAGCAGAUGCAACAGUUAGUAUUGUCCACUCUCGUACAACUGACCCUGAAAUCAUCAUUCGUCAAGCUGACAUCGUCAUUGCAGCAGCAGGACAAGCUAUGAUGAUUAAAGGUGACUGGAUAAAACCCGGUGCUGCUGUAAUUGAUGUGGGGACAAAUGCAGUGGAUGAUCCAAGUAAGAAGGCAGGUUACCGGCUGGUUGGGGAUGUUGAUUUCCAGGAAGUGAGUAAAGUAGCAGGAUGGAUAACGCCUGUUCCUGGAGGUGUCGGACCCAUGACUGUAGCCAUGCUACUGAGAAAUACUCUGGAUGGUGCCAAACGUGUGAUUGAGCAAUGAACGCUUCCCCUUUUCUCAUCAAGGCAUGUCUCAUAAUAUUCCUCCUUUUAAGUGUUUAUAGAAGUUAAUCUGUAUGGUUAUCUGGUUUUCAGGCCUUUUCUUCUGUUGAUUUUGCUCGUCUUCAAUAAACUGUAUCACAUUAGACUUUGUUAAGUUCAGGAGAUAAAUUGUGUAAUUUCUGAUAAAUGUGAUAUACAUGGUGUAUUUGGUUCUCUUUA